GUGUCACUGUACAAAACACUGAGAAAAGCCAAAAACCAUACCAAAUACAGCAUUUAAAUCCGCUUUUGCUGUCUUUUCAUGCCCUUCGAUUUCAACUCACCAAACCAAAACACACUCAUCACUGUCUCUCACAACCCCAACAAGUGUUCAUCCCCAGAGAUUAACACUAGUGCUGCGAACAAACCAACAAAUUUCAUGUUUUCUUCUUCUUCUUUUUCUUCUUCCCCUAAUUGAGUCUUUUAUUAUCAUAAUUUUUAUUUAAUAAGGGUCUUAAUUAACUUUUGGCUUAAAUCAGUGACCCAAACAAAAGUGAGAGAGUGGAAUGCAGAAACGCAAGUGGAUUCCGUUGGCGGUGCUGAGAAAGUUGCUAAUUGCGGCCAUAUGCUCCAUAGCGUUUGUGGCUCUCUUCUCUGUUCGCGUACACAUUAUUCCUUCUUCUAAAGAUCACAGGUUCAACGACAAGAUCUCAACGACUCAGGAUCCACAAAGCUGGACGCGGGAGCUCGCACCACCCCAUUUAUCCAAAGCUCCACUUCCUACUCCCAAGUUGAGUGGUUCAAGAGGGAAUUUUGAUUACCAGAAGCUGUGGAAGACUCCAUCAAAUCAUGGGUUUCUGCCCUGUACAAACCCUACACCUAAUUACACCACUCCUGCCGAAUCGCGAGGAUAUCUUUUAGUUCAUACAAAUGGCGGGCUCAACCAAAUGCGUUCUGGGAUAUGUGAUAUGGUAGCAGUAGCUCGAAUCAUAAAUGCCACUCUUGUAAUUCCAGAACUUGAUAAAAGGUCAUUUUGGCAAGAUACUAGCAAUUUCUCUGAUAUUUUUGACGAAGAGCAUUUUAUGAAUUCUCUAGCUAAUGAUGUAAAAAUCAUUAAGAAACUUCCCAAAGAAUUGGUUAAUGCAACCAGAGUGGUCAAGCAAUUCAUAAGCUGGUCUGGCAUGGAUUACUAUGAGAAUGAGAUUGCUAGCUUGUGGGAAGAUUACCAAGUUAUUCGAGCUUCCAAAUCUGAUUCACGAUUAGCAAACAACAAUCUACCUCCAGACAUUCAGAAGCUUCGCUGCCGGGCUUGUUAUGAAGCACUUCACUUCUCUCCUCUCAUUGAACAAAUGGGAAAAUUGUUGGUGGAGAGGAUGAGGUCAUUUGGUCUCUAUAUUGCAUUGCAUUUGCGUUAUGAGAAGGAUAUGCUCGCAUUUAGUGGGUGCACCCAUGAUUUAUCUCUAGUUGAAGCUGAAGAGCUACGGUUGAUCAGAGAGAACAUUUCCUAUUGGAAAAUAAAGGACAUUGAUCCAAUAGAACAGAGGUCCAAAGGGCUUUGCUCCUUAACUCCAAAGGAAGUUGGGAUUUUUCUUACCGCUCUCGGAUACCCAUCAACAACUCCAAUAUAUAUUGCUGCUGGAGAGAUAUAUGGGGGCGAGUCCCACAUGGCUGAACUGCAUUCCCGAUAUCCAUUGUUGAUGAGCAAGGAAAAGUUGGCAUCCAUAGAAGAGCUUGAACCUUUUUCUAAUCAUGCAUCCCAAAUGGCUGCUCUUGACUAUAUUGUAUCUAUUGAAAGUGAUGUAUUUAUACCUUCUUAUUCCGGAAAUAUGGCAAAGGCUGUUGAGGGUCAUCGCCGUUUUCUUCGACGUGGAAGAACAGUAUCUCCAGACAAGAAAGCCCUUGUUCAUCUGUUCGAUAAACUGGAUCAGGGAAUAAUAACUGAGGGGAAGAAACUAUCAAAUAGGAUUAUUGAUCUCCACAGAAGACGACUUGGUUCUCCCAGGAAGAGAAAAGGGCCAAUUUCUGGAACAAAGCACAUGGACAGGUUUCGGUCAGAAGAAGCCUUUUAUGCUAAUCCCUUGCCUGAUUGUUUAUGCCAGACAGAGACAUAACCACCACCUCUAAACGUCUCUCAGAUUGUUUGAUAGAUAAGAUACUGCUGAACUUUUUCCUUGGAAAUACCCCUUGGAGAAAAGAUGGCACAUGUGUAAUCAAUUUACACAAAGUUUGAGCAUAAGAUCUGAUAUGCAGCUGGGAGGUGGCACUGUGGUGGCAGAGUGUAUAUACCGGUAUCGCUGUUACACGUACCCUUCAAUUUGGGGGAAAAAAUAAAGGAAAAGAAAACCCUUAUUCGGGUUUUGACAUAAAAAAUUAGAGAUUGGGAUGAGUAGUUCAUGGGUCUAGUAGAGGGCAGGAUGGAGAUUUGAGAUGACUGGAUUCAUUUGUUAUGUGGACAUGCCUUAGUUAUUUAUGAAGAGGUAUAGUGUAGAGCUUCCAGAUAUGGCCAGGGAUCUCAAUCACCCGUUAUUGAAUUUCUUCUAGAGCAAUUUUACAUAGUUCCACAUUUUGUAAUCUGUUCUUGUUGAAAGACAACAAAAUGCAAAAAUCUUUUAUUGUUCCCUAAUGCGUACGUUUAUUUAUUAGGGAGAGGGGGGAAAGUGUGGCAGAACUUCAUCUGUCGUUUGGAAACAUACAGAUAUUUGCAAAUAGAAAAUUAGAAAAUUCGGCUUAAUUUUGUUGAAGUCAGACUUCCUAGGAGUCAUGAGUCAUGCAGCCUGAAGGGAAAACUAGAAUAGGAAAUGGUUUCAGUCUUUAAGAAUCAGUUUUUUUUUUUUAAUUUAAAA